AUGGCCAACGCAGUUACUCUUGCUGCUUUCUUGCAGAACGGCCCUCCACACGUGCGCAUCAACGCCCCGCCCAAUCCUGGUCCAAAUACGACAAAUACUGCCUACAGCUGGGAAGAUAUUCACUCUCUAAAUGCCUGGCCAGAGUUUACUCUGCAGCAUAUUACGAACCGCUAUCGCCAGCUGCUCGACAAUACCUCCCUUCCGAGUGAGCCAAUUACUUCGCCGGGUCCGAUUGUCAGUUCGGAGAAUCAACUCAGAGCUCUUAUUGUGACACAAUUCAAAAACCGAAUCAGACAUGCUCUACGGGCAACGUUUGACCAGAUCGGAAACCAACACCAAGGCCUCCAAGGGCUUACGAGAGUAUCCUACGACGAAGGUGAAGGUGCCAGGAUCAUGGACAACUACAAGCCCGAUGCAGCAUUCUUUGACGAGACGAUCCCGGCUACAACGAGUUGGAAUCGCGCACCUGGCGAGGUAAAGCCAUCAUGGAAAUGGACUAGCAAUUUGCGAAACAGCCUCCUGCCAGCAGGCCGUCGAGAAUGUCGCCAGGUUCUCUCGCAGCUCAAUUUUUAUAUGAAGCAACAUCAUGCCCGGUAUGGCUAUAUCAUUACAGACCUGGAGUUAGUCCCCGUAAGGCGCCGAGACGAUGUCGGCAAUCUUGAUCUUGCUCAACCGAUUCCGUGGAACGCACGGGGAAACCCCGGAAACGAGCAGCUAACGGUCAUGCUCGCACUUUGGUACCUGGGCAUGCUGGCUGCGCAGAAUAAUGGCCCUGAGAGUUGGAAUAUUUGA